ACAUUAAUGAUAGAUGGAAUUGUUAAUAACAGGAGCUGGUUCACUGUGACGGUCGACGGCCAGCUGCAGACAUUCGUUAUGAGGAGUCCAAUCCAAUAUGCUAGUCAAAACGCCGGACGCAAUAGAAGAGGGUUGUCCCUCAUACAAAAUCUCUUCUCCCGCAAUAGCAGGUUGGAAAAACUGCUAAGACAGCAGAGAAACCCAACGCCUGAUCCGUACGGUAAUUAUGCAAGGCACAACCAGAAAACACGCUUCCAUGCAUGGUAUGACAGGAUCCGUACACUGCGGUCUGUACAGAGUAAUGGCACUGCAAUCAAGCGUCCGUACAACGUGCGGAAAUUUGGCGGGCAAAUCGCCCCGCUGGACUCAUCACUAUUCGACCGGUAGAAGCGAAAUAUGUGUGAUUGGAGAUGGUCGCAAGUGACACGACGUGGACGGAAAUAGUUCGUAACACAUAAGAUGCAGGACAUCGGGAUGCAAGGAAAUGCAUCUGGAUAGAAGGAUACUAAUAAUAAUAGGACCGGGUUGGUAGCUAUGGCGUCCGUAAUGAAAACAAUAGGGAUGCGAAAGCUAGUAAAGUAAGGGUUCAGUCAGAAUUCUUGACUGAGCAAGACGUG